AUGGGCAAAAUGCAACCGACCGAAUGCGGAUCACGGACACUGGGAUAUCUCUCUCUUGUAUUCGGAUUGGUGGCUACAGGUACCCUCUUGCUGGCCGUCUCCACGGAUUUCUGGCUCUACGCUACAGAAUGGAAAAUGUUUCAUGGAAUUCUCACCUACAAACUAUCUCAGACAAAAUCAACAAACUCACAGGCAUCUUCUACAAAAUCAAAUAUAAACUCUGCUCUUCGCACGUUUUAUUACACAUUCAUCUACCCUUAUCUAACCUACUGCAUCACACUAUGGGGAAAUAGUCCAAAAAGCCACCUGAAUAACCUAAUACUUUCCCAAAAAAGAUCAAUACGUUUAAUUUUUAACCUCAAACCCGAUUCUCAUACUAAACCCUUCUUCCUAGCAAAAAAAAUUUUACCAGUUAACUUCAUCUGUCUUUACUACUCUGCUUUAUUCGUUUUUAAAUUUAUCAACAAUCUUCUCCCACCCCACUUUAUCAACUUCUACACAUUAAGUAACUCCGUUCAAUCUACAACCACUAGACACACCCCUCUCUUCUAUAUUUACAAAACUCGCCUCAAAUUAAUCCAGACAAGCAUAAAAAUAACAGGUCCUAAAAUUUGGACAGAACUUGUACCUCCCCAUCUAAGAGCCAUCAUAAACCUACAACAUUUCAAGUCAAAAUUCCGUGCUUUUUUAUUGACACUGCAUCUCGACUCCACCACCUAA